AAGAUUUUUUUCCUGCAGAUAUUAGAGUUAUAAUGAAGCGUUGCUCGGGGCGUGAUUUAAUAAUUGUGGGGAUUACCACAGCAUCUUCAACUGGCGACUGCUUCGGUAGAUCGAAUUUCUAGUUUACUGAUAUAGUGGAUGCACUUCAAUCCCUCAUAUGGAGUGGAUAAGUUAGUGUGGAAUAACGAAAACACGUGCAUAGAAAGCAUGCUUAGGCCCGAAUGCCGCGUCAAGCUUGAGAAUUGGCACAAGGGUUCUAGAAACUGCAUCACCAUGUUCAGCGCGAGAGCGGAGGCACAAACUGACCCGAGAGGCAGUUUCCAUUCCAUUCAAGUCAUGCUGGGACUCAAGCAAGAAUCACUUCAAUUCCAACCUAAUCCCAGCACAUCAAUUCAAGAUGAAAGACAGAGGCCUGAUUCUUCGGGGAUUAAAGUCGAGGAAACGUCCAAUGAACAUAGAUCGUGUGCGUCAAAGAGUCAUCCACCAGAUCUAAAAUGCAUGGGAAUCAGCUCAACGGUUUUGAGCGCCAAAGCGAAAAAAGGCUCCAACCCAACGAUUCAACAAAAGAAGAAAAAGACAAGGACGACGUUCACGGCGUGGCAAUUAGCCGAGCUGGAAAUGGCGUUCGAACGAGCCCCUUACCCUGACGUGUUUGCACGGGAAGAGUUGGCCUACCGGCUGCAGCUGACCGAGGCCCGGGUUCAAGUGUGGUUCCAAAACAGACGCGCCAAGUGGCGGAAACGUGAGCCGCCGCGGAAGAACGUGCCGAGUGCCUUGAACCUCUCAGCGGCGCCAGCAGGUGGGACCAGAAGUGCAUCGAAUUACGCAGGAUCAGCCAGCAUUAUGACACCGGUCAUUCCGGAAACCUGCACGGCUCAGACACUUACCACAGCUUCUUUGAACUCCUUGCCGCCGUUCAGAGCGGCAUUUGACCCCCAGGGCUCCUUCCACCAAAACUAUUUCCCGGGACCAUCUUGCGAAGCAUCUGGCUCCGUGGUCGACUCGGUCAUCUCUCAUUCGCCGAAAAUCAAUCGUACGCAACAGCGGAGUGGGACCGUGUUCCUCGACCCUUUGGUUUAUUCGCAACACGCAUCAGAUAUUAUGAGCGAAGGGACACCGGGCGGGAACGGGUGUCGAUUCUUGAUGGAUCAGCCGAUAAGGAGCCAACUCAUGCAUGGAUUUCAAGCAUCCGCAGCAGCUGCAGCAGCCACAAGCCUCUUCAUACUAGACCAACACAACUGUAGCUCUAAGGACAACAUAGCAGUGUUUAUGCCCGAUCAAUCCAACCCCAACCGAUCCGAAGGGACCGUAUACUGCAACGAAUUCUCGCAGAGCCGAUUCCCAACAUCCGGCGCAUCGCAGGUCUUGCUCGCCGUCAACAAUUAUUGUCUGCAACAACAGGCCACUCACGUGCCUGAAUUUGGCAACAGUGAGCAGGGCACGGUCCAAGAGGAGGACUCUCGCGCCACACCUACCACAAUGGACGCGCUUUUGCACUGA